GUUUGCAUCUUUGGAGGGCGAUUAUUUGUUCGUAGAGCUGCAUUCCGAGCCCUCCGGAUCGUGCUCCAAUGCAUAGACUGGGGUAACUGUCUCAGCUGCGUGGCUACCCCGCAUCUGUAUGGAAAAAGGCUGGGAGUCAUAUGGGUGUUAUCUCAGGGCCUUCCAUUAUACACCGUCGGAGGGUGUUCCGCAAUAUCACCAUGGCGUCAGCACCGGGAGCUUCUGUGAUACCAGAAGCUGACCUCCUCUCAUUUCGAGAGCACCUCAGGUCCAGCAAGCGUGUUAUGGCCGUCAUAGGCGCGGGACUUUCAGCGGCAUCCGGUUUACCAACGUUCAGAGGAGUGGGAGGACUGUGGCGACGUUACUCUGCCGUCGACCUGGCCACGCCGGAAGCAUUCAAUGCGACGCCUGGUCUGGUCUGGCAGUUUUACGGUUACCGGCGACAUAUGGCAUUGCUUGCUAAACCAAAUAGGGCACAUUAUGCCCUCGCAGAGUUUGCGAAGAAGAAUCCAAACUUCAUCGCAUUAACUCAGAACGUGGACGGGUUAUCUGAACGAGCGGGCCAUCCCGAGACCCAAAUCCAACGUCUCCACGGUUCUCUAUUUACCAUAAAAUGUGCGAACGAAUAUUGCACCUAUUCUCGUGAUAAUGACUUCACCGACCCAAUUGUCCCAGCGUUAGAAAUUCCGAAGAUACCUUUUGGAGUUGACCCAUACCCAAAGGACCAUACUGGAGAAAGAGCAGGACAGGCGCUCGAAGAUGCGAUGAAGUCUAACGCAGCGGGUCCCGGUUGGGCACCUGGGAGUGGAGAACUGGAUAUUUCAAACCCCAAUGUUCCUAUCCCUAAUCUGAGGGAGGAAGAUCUCCCGCCAUGUCCGGAGUGCUCAACUGGCUUGCUUCGACCUGGUGUCGUCUGGUUCGGCGAACCUCUGGUCGAGGAAACUAUCAAUACCGUAGAAGAUUGGCUUAAAAAUGGCCCUGUUGAUCUUGUCUUGGUGAUCGGAACGAGUGCGCGGGUCUUUCCAGCCGUUAGCUACAUUGAUCGCGGGCGAUGCAAGGGUGCCCGCGUUGCGAUAAUCAACAUGGAUCGAACCCAUUUGCCUCGAACCGGAAUGAAACCUGGCGAUUGGAUUUUUGAAGGUGAUGCAAGUGCCAUUAUCCCUGAGCUUUUGAAAGAGGUUGUCGGCGAGAUUGAGUUACCAGAGAAUCAAUAAGUCCUGGGAAAGCACGAAAAUGAGGUUUAAUUUCCAAGGCUUUUCCGUUUUGGUCGAUAUAUCCGGGCGUUUUGAUCUACUAUCCUGUUCAAUUUUUUAUUUUUUUUUUUUAUUUUUUUUUUUUAAGAAAACGUGACUUCUUGCGGAGAACUUACUUUGCGGUUACCUGGGGAUGCAGCCUGGCGUUUCUUACGGAGAAACAAAAUGGGCUAAAUAUAACCAAUAAUUAAUAGAAAUUGACCCAGCAUCCUUGGAAAAGA